AUGCCUCCAAAAUCCAAAGCGGUUUGGGACGAUGAAAAAGACAAGCUAUUGUUAAAGCUUUUAUUGAAGCAAAUAAAAGCUGGCAAGCGGUCAGAUAAUGGUUUUAAGAAGGAGGCAUGGGUGCAGAUAACUGCAGAUUUCAACUCUGUUUUUUCGCCCGGUUGUGAAAGAGAGCAGGUUAAAACCCGUGUUUUUGCAUUGAAAAAAAAAUUGGAUGUUUUCCAAAAGCUUUGCGAGAAUUCGGGUUUCGGUUGGGAUUCUGAAAGAAAAAUCCCGACCGCUCCUGACGAUGUCUGGGAUACAUAUAUUCAGUAUCAUAAAGACGCAAAGCAAUUCCGACACAGAACUUUACAGCACCAUGAUAUGUUAUACGAAAUAUUCUCAAAAUCGGUUGCGACUGGGCUAUUUGCUUCUGCUACUACACAAUCUCAAUCUAGUGCUUCUUCAUCUACACAACCAGUUUCUACCGAAGAUUUUGAAAACCAAUACACGGAUAUAGACGGUGAAAAAUCAGAUUACGACGAUCCUCUACACAUAUCCGAGUCACGGCAUAGUACACCUAUUCCUAUGUUCAGCCGGAAACGUUUGAGAACUGAAACGGAAAGCCCACCAUCAAUUUCAGCCCAAACAUACAAUACAACUGUAAAGAAACCACGGACUGCUACACAUGCUGCAGCGGAGGGCUUGAAUGAGCUUGCAAAAGCUUUCAAAGAGGCCAAACAAAUCCGUGCCCCACCGCCUAUUACCAAACUCGAACAAGCAUUAGACAAAAUGACCGAAUUUGUUGAAGAAGGGAAAUGGUCAGAAGAGGAUUAUAUGUUGGCAUAUGAAAUAAUGUUGAAGGAUGACAGGCACGCAAUCUUUUUCUGUAGUGCACCGGAACAUAUCAAAUUGGGCUGGGUCAAAAAGAAGAAAUCAGUGUCGGAUACAAUAGAUAGGGUAGAAAACACUGCAGAGGGCGUAUAA